AUGGCAAGCAAAUCCGGCCUCCUCCUCAACAAACUCUCUGUAUCUAAACGCCCUGGUGCCACCAUCUUGGCAGCGGCCAGCUACGAAGAUGAGCAAGGGCUCGUGGAAGCUAUCAAGGGCACACUUGAGGCGAACACCAAUAAAACCAAACACUUCCUCAAGACGAAGGUACUUUGCCUCAAGCCGACUGUGUCUAUCGCCACACUUCGCCCCAUCGAAGUUCCCGACCUCACGGCACUUCCUCCCUGGAAGGCUUUGAUCCGGCACGUCGCUCUGGACGAAGCCUUUACUGAGGCAGUAAACAAGCCAGAGUCGAUGGAUCAGGGGUUCUACACACACAUGUUUGCUCUCUACGACGAUGUCUUUGUGGACAUCGACCAGCGGGAGGAUCGCAUCGUUCUACCCCGGCACGCGCUGGUCGUUGAAUACAAGAUGUCCCCCAGAGCCAAGAAGGUCAUUGGGGGGCUGGCUACGGUGAUGGGAGGCUUGAUUGUCAUUGGAGUCAGAGCUGGGGAGGGAUCAACCAACUGA